AUGUCCCUUCCGGAGGCACGCUUCUCCACUCCUUCACCUUCCCCUUCCCCUCCCCCCCCCUGCGACUACAGCGAGUGGAGCCCCUCUCUGGUCUUCAUCCCCUCCGUCUACGUGCUGGUGUUUGUGCUGGGCUCUCUGGGCAACGGGCUGGUCCUCUGGGUGUACCUGGGCCGGCCCAGGGGCCGAGUGGCCAGAGUCAGCAGCUGCUCCAAGUCCAGCAAGCCCAAAGUGGCCGCUUGCAGUGGACCCUCCGGCCCAUCGUCCUCCCGCUCCAUCACGGACUCUCUGAUCGCCAGCCUGGCCGCAGCCGACCUGGCCUUUGUGCUGACCCUGCCUCUCUGGGCGGCCUACACAGCGCUGGGGUACCACUGGCCCUUUGGCAAGCCCCUGUGCCAGGUGAGCAGCUACGUGGUGACCCUCAACAUGUACGCCAGCGUCUUCUCCCUCACGGGGCUCAGCGUGGAGCGCUACUGGGUGAUCGCACGCCGACGCCGGACGCGGGCCACGCGCGGCGCGCAGCUGUGCCGGGCCUCCGUGGUGGUGUGCGUGGUGUGGGGGGCAGCGGGGGUCCUGGCCCUCCCCGCUCUCCUGCUCAGGACCGUCAAGCAGGUGGUGCUGGGCAGCCAGAGCGAUGAGCAGUGGCCAGACGAGGAGGAGGAGGGGGAGGUGGAGGACACUGCCCUGAGCUCCAUCUCCUCCUGUGACAUGGACUACUCCAGCCUGCUCCCCGCGGGGCUGGUGGAUGAGGGCGAGCGCGAGCGUCUGGAGGUGCUGUGGGGCGCGGCGCUGGGGCUCAAGUCUACGCUGCUGGGCUUCCUGCUGCCGCUGGCCGUGCUGCUGCUGUGCUACUGCUCGCUAGGUCGCGUGCUGGCGCAGCACUUCCGCGAGAGCCCUCGGCCCGACCGCAGACGCCAACGCAGGCUGCUGCGCGUCAUCGUCACCCUGGUGCUGGCCUUCUUCCUGUGCUGGCUGCCCUACCACGCCAACAAGAGCCUGGCCAUGCUGGUGGAGCUGGAUCUGCUGCCCUACUCCUGCCCCUUCGACCAGCUGCUGCUGCUGGCGCACCCCUACACCAUCUGCCUGGGCUACGUCAACAGCUGCCUCAACCCGCUGCUCUACGCAUGCUGCGACACCGCCUUCCGCCGCCGCUGCAAAGCCCUCCUGAAGAACAUGGGCUGCAGGUCCAGGUGCAGCCAAGGGCCUGAGGCGGAGGAGGAGGAGGAGGAGGAGGAGGAGGAGGAGAGCGGGAGCAGGAGCAGGAGCUCAGCCAUCCCCUCUGGACUGCACACAGCAGGGGACAGCCAGAAGGACGACCCCGAGAGAGACUGGACUGGACAGCUCCGGGGGGUGGGAAAUGGGGAGUCUAAUCCCUGUGGGACGCCAUAGUUCAGAUGGAGUCAGUUGAAUACAUGGACACAAGUACACUGUUCGUGAAAUCUGAGGAACUGUGGGAACGGACUAGUGGGAAUUAGGACUUGUUUAUUUUAUUUUGCAAUUCUGUCACUGUUUUUGAGAUUUGAGAUGACCGAAAGAAUUCCCUGUUGGAGAACCACAAUGAGGAUUCAACUCCCCGUUGGUGAACCACAAUCAGGCUACAUUUCACAGUGACUAAAAAUAGGGUUUUUCUCCACGACCAAGACUGCAUUUUCACUAUAGUUCUCACCUCGUUAAAAUAAGGAAUAUGAGCCAAAGAAAAAGACAUCCUACAACUUUAAGACAGAGGACGAUUUUUAAUUGUCUGAAUGUAUAUUCUAAAUAUUAGAGGUCGUGUUGAAUGCAUGACCUGUGGUUAUGAGGUGCUAUCCUGUAUUUUGACAUAAAAUAAGGAGUUUCACUGGUGAAGUGGUUCAGUAGGAAAAUUAGAGGCCCAGAAUUAACUAAAUCACUCAACAUGAAAGUAGCAUUCAGGAAAU